AUGUGGCUGCGCGGAAGGCUCUGGGCUUGGGGGAGAGGGGACGGCGGAAGGCUGGGUCUGGGGAACGAGAUUUCCCUCUUCUCCCCAACCUUAAACCCUGAUUUUCCGCAGGGGACGGCAGUGCGCAGUGCGGCGGCUGGCGGGUUGCAUUCCUUGGCGGUUUCUGAGCGAGGGGAACUGUUCACGUGGGGGUAUGGCGGGUUCGGGGUGUUGGGGCAUGGGGAGUUCACCAGGAGGGAUGUACCCUGCCACGUGGCGCCCUCUGAUUGGCUGGAGGAGGGUGUGGAGAUUAAAUCAGCAGCAGCUGGGGGGAGCCAUACUCUGGGUUUAAGUACUGAUGGCAGGGUUUAUGCGUGGGGGAGGGAUGAGGGGGAGGGGCGGCUGGGUAUCCCCCAUAUAGUGGACGCGAUAGGAGAAGAAGGGUGCGUGCCUCGGCCAAUCCCGGUCGAGUUUCCAGCGUCCCAGGGCCUGCCACGUGGCGGAGUCUCAUUGGUCGCAUGCGGAGGGUUCUUCUCUGCUGCUGUGGACUGCGAGGGUGGCGUGUGGACGUGGGGAGGCAAUCACAAUGGCGAACUGGGGCAAGCAUCAUCCGGCCUCCUUUCUGCUCGCAUUAGCACCAUCACUGCUCCUGUCACACACUUAGCUGCUAGCCCCUCUUUUGAGUCGACUCAAAACGAGGUGUGCCUUGCACUCCUUUUGAGACUGUACGAGGUGUGCCUUGCACUCCUUUUGAGACUGUACGAGGUGUGCCUUGCACUCCUUUUGAGACUGUACGAGGUGUGCCUUGCACUCCUUUUGAGACUGUACGAGGUGUGCCUUGCACUCCUUUUGAGACUGUACGAGGUGUGCCUUGCACUCCUUUUGAGACUGUACGAGGUGUGCCUUGCACUCCUUUUGAGGCUGUACGAGGUGUGCCUUGCACUCCUUUUGAGACUGUACGAGGUGUGCCUUGCACUCCUUUUGAGGCUGUACGAGGUGUGCCUUGCACUCCUUUUGAGACUGUACGAGGUGUGCCUUGCACUCCUUUUGAGACUGUACGAGGUGUGCCUUGCACUCCUUUUGAGACUGUACGAGGUGUGCCUUGCACUCCUUUUGAGACUGUACGAGGUGUGCCUUGCACUCCUUUUGAGACUGUACGAGGUGUGCCUUGCACUCCUUUUGAGACUGUACGAGGUGUGCCUUGCACUCCUUUUGAGACUGUGUGCCUUGCACUCCUUUUGUCUCCUCCCCUGGCUGCUGGCUCGCACCAGCAGCACCAUCACUGCCCUGGCUGCUCCUCUUGUCAAAGGCCUGGCUGCUGCUGCUGCUGGCAUCCACACGCUGGCAGUGGAUGGUGAGUUGCUGCACGAGCGAAUGGCCUCCUGUUUCCUCUUCUUCCUCCCCCGUCUCCCCCCUCCCCUCCCCUGUUCUCUCCUGUCCCACAACCAGACGAGGGACGCGUGUGGUCGUGGGGAAGGGGCGGCAGCGGCCAAUUGGACGAAGGACAACUAUUUGUUUGGGGAAAGAAUGCGGACGGGCAACUUGGACUGGGAGCCGGGCAGCCAAAAAUAA